AUGCAGUGCCGGCUCCUCCGGGGCCUGGCGGGAGCCCUCCUCACCCUGCUGUGCAUGGGGCUCCUCUCCCUCCGCUGUCCCCUGAGCCGGUCCCCGAAGGGCGAGCAGGAGGCCCCCGGGCCGAGCCCGCCGUCCCCGCCGCCCCCGCUGUCCCCGGAGCUGCAGCUGCAGGACGUCUUCAUCGCAGUCAAGACGACCCGCGCCUUCCACCGCUCCCGCCUGGACCUGCUGCUGGACACGUGGGUCUCCAGGACCCGGGAACAGACGUUUGUCUUCACUGACGGCCAGGAUGCAGGCCUCCAGGAGAGACUGGGGCUCCACCUAGUGGUCACCAACUGCUCUGCGGAGCACAGCCACCCAGCCCUGUCCUGCAAGAUGGCUGCUGAGCUGGAUGCCUUCUUGGCCAGUGGACUGAGGUGGUUCUGCCACGUGGAUGAUGACAACUACGUCAACGCCAGGGCGCUGCUGAAGCUGCUGAAGGCCUUCCCGCAGACUCUGGACGUCUACGUGGGCCGGCCCAGCCUGAACCGGCCCAUCCACGCUUCGGAGCCGCAGCCCCACAACCGCACGAGGCUGGUCCAGUUCUGGUUUGCCACUGGGGGUGCUGGCUUCUGCAUCAACCGGAAACUGGCUCUGAAGAUGGCCCCCUGGGCCAGCGGCCCCCGCUUCGUGGACACGUCCGCGCUCAUCCGGCUCCCUGAUGACUGCACCGUGGGCUACAUCAUCGAGUGCAAGCUGGGGGCCCGCCUGCAGCCCAGCCCCCUCUUCCACUCCCACCUGGAGACGCUGCAGCUGCUGGGGGCUGCCCAGCUCCCGGAGCAGGUCACCCUCAGCUACGGCGUCUUCGAGGGGAAGCUCAACGUCAUUAGGCUGCAGGGCCCGUUCUCCCCCGAGGAGGACCCCUCCAGGUUCCGCUCCCUGCAUUGCCUCCUCUACCCUGACACGCCCUGGUGCCCACAGCUGGUGGCCCGAUGA